UACCGUUUAGACGGGGGGGGGUAUUUGACGUAGCUAGAUAGCGUGCUAAUUUUAGGGAAUUUUAUCCAGAAUAUUUUCCUGUGUGUAGCUACAGAUUUCCACAGUAUGAGCAACGUUGGUUUUUCGGCUACACGGGGGAUCACCUCGGGUGUACCUGAUAAGGUCGACAUGUCUUUAGAUGAUAUAAUUCGUUUGAACAAGAAAGAGCAACAAGCAAGGAGGCCGGGCCCGGGGAACCGCAGGCCACUACAGCAGGGGACGGYAUUUGUCCAAGGGAAGCCAGUUGGAGCGAGGGCCAGGGGACAGACCCAAAGACGAGGUGGUGUACCAAGAGGUGCGAUAACCAGAGCGGGUGUUGGAAGAGGCCGAAAGAUUCCCCCUCCGGUUGGUCGACGCCGGGGUCAAGGGAUUAUCACUGGACUGGCAGCCCGGAAGACUGCAGCACUACAGCAAGGCAUCAGUCCGCUCAACCGACCUGCUAUCAACCGGAAGUUACAGUCCUUCAACAACCGAUCGCGACCCUUCAACAACCAAUCACGGCCUUUUACCCAACCAGCCCAAUACAGACAGAUGCAAGGCCAAAGGAGGCCGUACAGACAGACAGACGUACAGAGAGKCCUCAACUCAACGAGACCCUUUCAGCCGCGGAGACGGCCCUUGCCCCCUGUCCAAACCCAGAGAGAAGCCCGCCAGGCCACGUUUCUCUUCCGCAGGGGCCUCAAGGUUCACACCCAGGUGCCGAAGCCAGCUUUAACCUCUAUACCCCCUGCCCCAGUUAGAACUCGCCGGUGGCGCACGUCAACAAACAGCAGUGGGAUCCUGACCGUUUCCAUCGACAACCCCACUGCCAUUACACAGUCUGAGCCUCCCKGUGCUUGGUCCCUGCACCCCCCGGCCCCCACCAGCUCUGCCCCAGYCAAGAUGAAGGUGGAAGAGGAGAAGAAAACGGAACCACCUAAAGGAGUCCCCUUGCAGUUUGACAUCAACAGUGUGGGGAAACCGACUGCGAUGACUUUGAAUGAGCGAUUCCGCAUCCUGAAAGACGAGCGCGUCGCCACUGCGCAGACCAGCAAAGGCAGCCGAUUCGUCACUGGGUUAAGACAAUGACACGAAGGAAAAAAGAGAAGGUGGAUCCCCAAAACCUUUGUGUCCCAGACAGACACACGCACGGAUCCCCACCUAUCUGAUGAUAUAGAACCAUUUUAAAAGGACCCUGAGCUGUUCGUAAGCUGAUCCUCCUGAGUGACUUUUUUUAUGGAACAGACUUGGGGUAGAAAGAGAAACAUGAAAACUAUACGGGUGCAAUUAUCGUGGAAGAUGAACAAUCUUAKUUUUUUUUACCAUGAUGGAACCCUAUAGCAUUAUCUGUAACAUUGUACUCAGAUGUUGGUGUUCAGGAGCUUCAACAUUUGUCAGGACAAAAAGGAAAAUACUUUUCUCAAGAGUGCUGCUGCGGGAGUUGAUUUGGAAGAUUGUUUUUCAAGAGGGAGGUUGCUUUGUGCCAGUAACGAAGGGUUUUGUUUAGUGUACUUUAAAAAAAAAUCUGUUUUGUUUUUACAAUGYUUCAAAGAAAUGUGGCACAUUGUUUCCAACACAAGCCUUAACCACAGUUCACUACACCUAUACACCAGAGGAGGCUGGUAGUAGGAGCUAUAGGAGGACAGGGUCAUGGUAAUGGCUGGAAUGGAAUAAAUGGAACUUAUCAAACAUAUGGAAACCACAUUAAUAGCAUUACAAUGAGCCCGUACUCCCAUAGCUCGUCCCAUCAGCCUCCUAUAGCUCCUCCAACUUCGGCAUCGAAGUGGCAUGAAAAGUSUUUCCCGUUUGACAACAGCCGAUGGGACUCGCUGUACCAAAAUUAACGAAUUGCGGGAAUCAACGCAAUUACGCAUUCUCAGUAGGAUGCUAGUAUGCUGAUAUUUGUUGCUUACGUGCAUUCAGUUUUAUUAAACAGUAGGCAUACGWUCUAAAUAGUAUGCCGUUGGAGUAAAAUAUUAGGCAAGCCUUUUUGAUGUAAAAGAAAUAUGGUAGAAUGUUUUUUAUAGGUAUAGAUAUGGGCUACUGUUCUAUAGGAAAUGUUAUACUUUUAAAUGUUUUUAUACUAACAACAAAGUCAUUUUGUUGAAUUAAAUCCCUAAUUAACAUACGAAAA